AGGGCCGCAGUUCCCGGACCCCUCCCCCGCCGACGGCCGAGCUCCUAGCGCCGGGAUGGAGGGUCAGAGCGCCCCCCUGGGGCUCCCUUAAACCGCGGGUCUAAGGCGGCGGCAUGGAGGCGCGCUUCACGCGGGGGAAGUCGGCGCUGCUGGAGCGCGCGCUGGCGCGGCCCCGCACAGAGGUGAGCCUGGGCGCCUUCGCGCUGCUCUUCUCGGAGCUGGUGCAGCACUGCCAGAGCCGCGUCUUCUCCGUGGCCGAGCUGCAGGCGCGCCUGGCCGCGCUGGGCCGCCAGGUGGGCGCGCGCGUGCUGGACGCGCUGGUGGCCCGCGAGAAGGGCGCCCGGCGCGAGACCAAGGUGCUGGGCGCCCUGCUCUUCGUCAAGGGCGCCGUGUGGAAGGCGCUCUUCGGCAAGGAGGCCGACAAGCUGGAGCAGGCCAACGACGACGCGCGCACCUUCUACAUCAUCGAGCGGGAGCCGCUCAUCAACACCUACAUCUCGGUGCCCAAGGAGAACAGCACGCUCAACUGCGCCAGCUUCACCGCGGGCAUCGUGGAGGCGGUGCUCACGCACAGCGGCUUCCCCGCCAAGGUCACGGCGCACUGGCACAAGGGCACCACGCUCAUGAUCAAGUUUGAGGAGGCCGUCAUUGCCCGAGACCGGGCCCUGGAGGGCCGCUGACCCCGCGGGAAAUAAAUAAAGGAUGUGAGCGCACCCUU